GUGCAGUGCGGUGGAGCAGGGAGGAGCGGACUGCCAGCCGCCCGUCGUCAGGACUCACCGCACAGAUGAAGGCACCGUCGCGGAUAACCAUCACUCGUUCCUCCGCUUGAUUUCUGUUGCACAUCGCACGAAAGCCCCCCCUCCCUUCCGCCGGAGUCGUGCCGUCGCCGUGGGUCUUUCGCUCGGACGGCUUUGCCUGUUUUUCCUCCGGGAAGCAGAAUGGAGCCAGCAGCCGAGGGAGCGGUCGGGCUGUCGGAGGCCAGGGAAGGGAGCCCGCUGUCCGGGGCCGCAGCAUCCGAUGAUGGGGACACGGUGGUGGGAGUCAGCUACGGGAUGGACGCCGGGGACAUGGAUGCUGCUGCUAAGAAAGCCUUCAUCACAGAGAUGCCCUCAUCCUCAGGCCAGCCUGGUCAGGGAAAGAAAAUUGGCCACAGAGGGGUCGACGCAUCGGGAGAAACUACGUAUAAGAAGACCACCUCUUCAGCCUUGAAAGGUGCCAUCCAGCUGGGCAUCGGCUACACAGUGGGUAACCUGAGCUCCAAGCCUGAGAGAGAUGUGUUGAUGCAGGACUUCUAUGUGGUGGAGAGCAUAUUUUUCCCCAGUGAGGGGAGCAAUCUCACUCCUGCCCACCAUUUUCCAGACUUCCGCUUUAAAACGUACGCUCCUGUGGCCUUUCGCUACUUCAGAGAACUGUUUGGCAUCAGGCCGGAUGACUACCUGUACUCCCUAUGUAAUGAGCCUCUGAUCGAGCUUUCCAACCCUGGGGCGAGUGGUUCAGUCUUCUAUCUCACAAAAGAUGACGAGUUCAUUAUCAAGACCGUGAUGCACAAGGAGGCCGAGUUCUUGCAGAAACUACUACCUGGAUACUACAUGAACUUGAACCAGAACCCGCGCACUUUGCUGCCCAAGUUUUUUGGCCUCUACUGCGUCCAGUCGGGCGGGAAGAACAUCCGUGUAGUUGUAAUGAACAACGUCCUGCCCCGUGUGGUACGCAUGCACCUCAAAUACGACUUGAAGGGAUCCACCUACAAGAGGCGAGCAUCCAAGAAGGAGCGGGAGAAGGCGAGGCCCACCUUCAAAGACCUGGACUUCAUGCAGGACAUUCAGGAUGGGCUGAUGCUGGACCAGGACACCUACAACGCUCUGGUCAAGACUCUACAGCGAGACUGCCUGGUGCUGGAGAGCUUUAAGAUCAUGGACUACAGCCUGCUGCUCGGGGUUCACAACAUGGACCAAUCGGAGAGGGAGAGGCAGAUGGAGGGCUCCCAGGGCGAAAACGACGAGAAGAGACCCGUGGCCCAGCAGAAGGCCCUGUAUUCCACUGCCAUGGAGUCAAUCCAGGGAGGAGCCGCCUGCGGAGGGUCCAUCGAUACUGACGACACGAUGGGUGGCAUCCCAGCUGUCAAUGGGAGAGGGGAGAGGCUGCUUCUCUUCAUAGGAAUCAUCGACAUCUUGCAAUCUUACAGACUAAUCAAGAAACUGGAGCACACGUGGAAGGCUUUGGUUCAUGAUGGGGACACCGUGUCGGUCCACCGGCCGGGCUUCUACGCCGACAGGUUCUUGAAGUUCAUGAGCAGCACGGUUUUCAAGAAGAGCUCCUCUCUGAAGUCGUCUCCAUCCAAGAAGGGUCGCGUGUCCCUGACGGUGCCCAAAUGUGGCGGUCCCGGAGCAGCCUGGUCCGCCAGCCAGCUGCCAUCUGAGAGAGACGAGAACAUCUACGACCUGAGAGGAGCUCGCAGCUUCCCCACGCUGGAGGAUGAGGGACGCCCCGAUCUUCUCCCGUGUACUCCGCCGUCGUUCGAGGAGGCCACCACAGCAUCCAUUGCCACCACGCUCUCCUCAACCACCUCUUUGUCCAUCCCAGAGAGAUCUCCCUCUGACACAGCUGAACACCCCCGCUACAGGAGGCACACCCAGUCGCUCAGCCACGACGGAAGGACCCAGGAGGAAAUGCGUGUGCGUGAGGAGGACCAGCAGACCAUCACAGUUGAGGUGGAGUUGAAGAGACCCGACAGCGAGCCCACCAUCUCUGUUCCACAGCCUUCACUCGAAACCAGUGAGGUUCCAGAAGAAGCCGGAGCUGAGGCUGAAGGUGCCUCCGCCACAGCGGCGCCAUCCAGCUCUUCCUCGGUUCCUGAAGCGGCCUCCUCCUCCUCGUCCACUGCCCCAGCUGCCCCUUCCUCCCCAGUGCAAGCCGAGGACGCACCUUCCAGCCCUAAGGUGGUGGUGGAGGCAGACAGGGCCAGCCAGGUCUCUGGCUCAGGUUGCACCAGUCAGGCCUCAGUCGAUGACGACGACGACGUGCCAAUCACAGAUAUCUACUUUUUUCCUGACGGGAGGACCUGGGUGGUCUCUCCUAUCCGAGAAAGGAGAAAAUGCGAUGCCAGUUGGCCACCUCCAGAGGACAGGACCUGGGUGUACUCUCCGCUACACUAUGGCUCAGAGUCUAAGGCCCUGCCAGAUGGGAUUGGGAAAGAGAGACAUAAAUCCGGUUCUCUGGCAGAGAGGAGUGAACGUCUCAGUGGAGAGGACUCGCCAGUCUGAAGUCCAGACCUCAGCGGUAGCAGUGCGAUGAUCUCUGUCUGAACCAGGAUUUUAAACAUACAGAAACACACUGAGGGGGGAAAAAAAGAGACUUUUAUUACCAGAAGGGGGG